AUGGAACAACAAUUUCGCGUUUUAUUAAAUAUCUGGCCCCAACUGACAGAUUUCUUUUCUUCGACUGUCUUGAAGAUGCGUAAAAGACAGAAGGUGGACGGUUACAGUCAACGAAUAGAGGGUGAUGGUCAAGUUGAAAUCAUUCCCCCGUCAAUGUCAUUCGAUCCACAGACUCCAGUCUCAACGCAGUAUUCAUUCCAAGUACCCAACAGAAACCAAAAAGCAAUGAAUUCAUUCCCGAAGGAACACAGUCACUAUGCGAAUUAUAAAGACAGUAAGACAAUGUCGAAAGAAGGAAACACCUCUAUGACUGAGUCGAAGCAGCUCAACGACAUGGCAAUCUAUGCAACUGAUAUUCGAGUAGCACAAAACAGACAUCUAGAAAUGAGAGCAGGAAAGAAACAAACCACAUUAGGACCUGAUGAAGGAUAUCCAGAGUUCGGAUUUAAAAUAGCUCGUCCUUAUCAGAAUCAGGUAUCUGCAGUUAGUGGUGGAGGUGGUGGUGGUGGUGUUGAUGGUGUUGAUGAUGGUCAGAGAUUUAUCAGGAAACCUCAACGUCUUGAAAAUAACAAUGAAUUGAGGAAAACCUGCGCCAGAUUAUACGGAAAAGAUUCUACAAUUACAGAGAAAACCAUAUUGCCGGGCAAUAAUAAUGUACAAUUACCUUUAAAGUCUUCCAUAGAUAAGCAAAUCUAUGACGAAGACGUUCAUUCCCAGCAGAGAACUUCGGUGAUAUACGAAAAUAACACUUCUACAAAACAAGGAGUAGCAAAUGCUUCUUACACAACAUUCCAACGAAAACAUUCGUACUUCUACCCGCCAAAUAAUAACCAGAACAAUUCGACUUCAAAUGGAGAAUUGGCACCAAAUUUGAUGACAGACGGUCGAAUUGAGAAAACUAUGAUCGGAAAUCAUGGUCAAAUAAACCGAGCUUACCAAACCGAAGAUUCUCACCAGACAAUGCUGGAUAUCAAUGACAGUAUUUUCGAUUAUUCAGUAACUGCUAGCAUGAGUGAACGUUCAUCUCUGCAUUCGGCCCAACGACCUCAUCCACACAUGUCGUCAAGUGCAAGCAGUAGCGACGUCUCCGAAACAGGAUCUGCAAUUACGGAAACUAACUGUGUUGAUGAUGUUGCAAAUGAACCGUCAAUGCAUACAACAGCAAUAACAACGACAGCAACAACAACAUCAACAGCCGUUAGUCAUUUAUCAAAAAAUUCAGUUGUCGGGAUAUCACAGAAGCAACAAAUACCAACUGCCAAAUUUGAUAGCUCGGAGUCGCUUAAGAACGUUCCCAAACUGCAAAUACCUCAAUUUUUUCUUCGAAGAUUUCGACGAAAUGGCGAUAUCAAGGAAACUUUUACUGAUGACGGCAGCAUGUCUUUUGACAUCGAUGACACUAUUUUGACGGUAGAGUCACUUGAAAGUGAUGCUGAUCGCGUGAGAAUGCAACCACCGUUUAAGAAAAAUGCAGCGGACCAAAUAAAAAGUGUUGAUGAAAUGAAGAAACAGUUAGACAACCUAACUGUUAUGUACUAUCAAAUGUCUCGCAUGAUUAACCAAAAACAGUCCAGUCACGCCCGAAGACCAUGGAGCAUCGCCAGUUCGGAAGCCAGUUCACUAAUUCGAGAGAAUCAAAUGCAGAAAAACAAGUCUCUGCGAAACAAGGUCAUACAAACACGACACACAAAGAGGAAAUUUCAGCGGCUUGAAUCGAACAUUGUUAGUCUGUCACAUAACGUUACCAGUUUGACAUCGCAAAUCCGUUCUUAUAGUGGGCUUCACAAACAAAUCGAUACACUGAAACAAGAUCUGCAAGAUAUGAAGAAUUCUUUCGAACAAUUUCGCAUCAACAACAAAAAUAGCAAUAUCGUCAACAACACCAACAAUAAUAACAGCAACAACAACAGUCACAACAACUACAGCAACAGCAGCAGCAACAACAAUAUCAACCAAACAUACAUCAGGAAAAUAAGUUUCGAAAAAUUCCGGUGUUGGUUGCCUUCGUUAACUAACCGGAAGCGUGUGCAUAAAUUGACAAGAUUCUUUGGAGAAGAGCCACCGCUUCUGGAAAUAUUUUUACAGAAACUAGGUUACGAACGCUAUGUUACCAAUUUCUCAAACGAACACAUAGGAAUGCUUGAACUGCCUUACAUGACGGAAGAUCGCCUGAAGAGUAUCGGGAUACCAAUGGGCCCAAGGCUACGCAUACUCCAAGAAGCCCAGCUUUGUUUUCGACAAGAAAACUUUGAUAUUUAUAUUGUUUGAAUGAAUGAAAAUUACACCCCCUCUGCCUCUGCCCUUCUCUCUCUCUCUCUCUCUCUCUCUCUCUCUCUCUCUCUCUCUCUCUCUCUCUCUCUCUGUCUUUCUAGUUGUUCUUUAUUGUUCUUCUCCCUCAUUCAUUCUCUCACUUCAUCUCCUUCUCUUUAAUUUUUCUCACUCCUUUCUAUCUCCUCCUCUCCUUCAAACAUACAAAACACGUACGCACACGUAUGCAUAAUAAACACAUGAAUCUGUGAACUCAAAGACAAUUAAUCCGUACUUAUCAAACAUAUGUGCGGGGCAUGUAAUUACCAAAAAAAAAAAAACUGUGGUCAUCAACCUAACA